AUGCCAUCGGCUUGGAUUGAUAAUAAACUCAAACGUGAGAUUAAUGUUUACUGGCAUAAUGUAGGAUUUCAGCAUGGUGAUACCCUAGCUAUAUACAUAGAAAAACCUAAUAAUGAUACUGAAUUUCUUUGGGAAUUCCAACCAACUGUUCAGAGUGGUUUUGCUAGAACUGGUCAAUAUAUUUCUCUUUUACACAAAUAUGCUUUAACUUCUUAUAAGGAAGAAAUUUUAGUUUUUUGUGGAGCAUGGUUACGAAAUGGUGAAAUAAAAAAAGUGAAUUGUCUGUCAACUCAUCCUACUUGGAUGCAUGAUAGAAAAAUGAUAUUGAAAGAUCAGAAGCUGACAGAUUUAAUAAUACCUGGAACUUAUAUGUCAGGAUUGUACAUCAAGACAUUACCUCCUCAAGAAACUGCAUUUGAAACGUUUACAGUUUCACAAAAUCAAGAUAUCUUAACCCAAUUAGUCCAUGGAGCACGAUACUUGGAUAUCUCUAUUGGCUAUUUUCCUCAUCUCAAUCAAUCAUACUGGGAUAUUCUUUUUUUCUUGAAUAGUACAAAAGAAAUUGUCAUGCUGGCUUUUCGGAACUUUUCUAUGGGUUUUAAAAAUAGUAGAGAUCACAAAAAUUUCGUAGAUUAUCUUAAAAAGAAGUUCUCUCAUCAUUUAUUAAUUCAACAAAAUCCAAAUGACCAAUGGAGUAUCACUCUUGGAGAGAUAUGGGCUCUUGAUAAACGGCUCAUUAUUGUUUAUGAAAGAAUAUUGUAUGUGAUGAAAUUAUCAGGAAUAUCAGCUGUGUCUAAUUCAGUGCAGCAAGUUGCUACAAAUCAAUCAAAUCGAGAAUUUUACAAUCUUGGAGCAUUUAUUCUUAAUAAAACAGCUAAAACAAUAAACAAAACGUGGCUGGUAAAUAUUAAAAAUAAUUCAGAGUUUAUUUUGGAGAAUUAUGAAAAGAUGAACAGCUCACCUAUUUAUAAAAGAAAUAUUGGUGAAUUUAAAAAUACCAAAAAACCAAACUCGACGUAA